AACAAAAGCGCGUGCGUGUCCUGUGGCUGCUCACUGCCGAGCCCGACUGCCAGCAGUUAGCUGCUCUCUGCACUCUGGAUUGAAUGGAAACUGCUGAGUUCUACUAUGUUUAUUACCUGGCUCAGGACUAUCUACAGUAUGUGCUCCAGGAAUCACACCUGGCACCAGCCCAGACCAGGGUUGCUCGUGUCCUGAGAACCAUGGCAUCCUCGCUGCAAGAACAAACCGAGGAGGCUCUCAGGCCGCUCCUGGACAGGAUUGACAUCACCUCUGUAGCUGUUGCCAAGAGAAUUUUCAAUGGAGUCAUGGAUGAAAAGUUUGCUGAUGGAAAUACUAACUGGGGACGAAUUAUGACCAUAUUUACAUUUGGAGGUGUCCUCACCAAGAAGCUUCAAGAGCAUGGGGUUCAGCUGACUGCAGAGGAGAAGGAGCAGAUCUCUUAUUUCAUCACAGAGUACAUCAUAAACAACAAAGCCGACUGGAUUGAUGCGAAUGGUGGCUGGGAAAAUGGCUUCCUAACGAAGUUUGAAAGAAGAUCACUACUGUCCUUCUCCAAAAUCACAGCCCUGUUCAUAGCUGUCGUUUCCUUGUUCAGAGAGUACUACUGAAGUAAAAGGAUCUGCCGUUCAUGUGUAAUCUAGACAUUGCCACAAACUUCACUUCUCAGCCUUCCUCCAAGCAAUAUCAACAAGAAAAUAAUUUCCUUCCAUAAUUUGUUUUUAAUUUAUUUGUAUUUAUUUUUACUAACUACAAUGCUUAACAUGCUAUCCCAAUGACCAAAUCUGAAGAUGAGAUCCUUCCAAAGGGGAAUCUGCACAACAUCUUGCAGCAAUUCAAGUCCAAAUCAACCUUUCCAGGCAGGAUUGCUUUGAGAUCACUUUUCACAUCCAGACAGCUCUUGGAAUCUCUCUUGCAUCUCCAUGAAAGGACUUUGUUUUAGUGAAAUACAAUCCAAUGGGUUAAGAAACAAGUUUUUAUGUCAUUUGUUUUGUAAAUGAAAUACUACUGUAAUGCAUUUUAUUGCAACCUCUGUAUGAGAAAAGGGGGGGGUAUUUUUGUGAAGAAGAAAGAAGUGGGAACUCCAAUAUAGAAGUGGGUAGAAGUUACUGACACAGACUAAGCAAUUUCUAUGGGAAGAACUGUUUGUGGAAGCUAGCAACUUAAAUAUGUGCACUCACUUACUGUUAUAGCAAUGGUAUGUGUUUCCGUGCUGUAUUUUUUUAAUAGCUCACAUCUACAGUGAAUGUUCUU